AUUCGAUCAUGUGACAGUCCGGAGGCCAGAACCGGGCAGGUUGCGUGAAGCGCAGGGGUUUCACAAAAACAAACGGUGACGGCGCCGCAGCAGGGUCUAUCUAUGGCCGAGGCGGUGAAGCCCCAGCGCCGGGCCAAGGCCAAGGCCAGCCGGACUAAAACAAAGGAAAAGAAGAAAUAUGUAACCCUUCAGAGGGAAGAGUCCGAUGAAGUCUCCCUUCCAAAAACCUCCAGAGAGCAGGAAAUCCCUUCUCUAGCCUGUGAAUUCAAAGGAGACCAUCUGAAGGUGGUAACUGAUUCGCAGCUCCAGGAUGAUGCCAGUGGACAAAAUGAGAGUGAAAUGUUUGAUAUACCACUCACCUCCUUAACUAUAAGCAAUGAAGAGUCCCUGACGUGUAACACAGAGCCCCCAAAGGAAGGGGGAGAGGCCAGACCCUGUGUAGGGGACAGUGCAGUCACGCCAAAGGUCCAGCCUGGAGACAGUGUUGGAACUAUAGUAGAAACCCCCAAGAACUUCACAGAGGUAGAGGAAAAUACGUCAGUACAAGGUGGACUUUCAGAAAGUGUACCCCAAUCUAAUUUUUCUUAUACUCAGCCAGAAAUGGAAAAUAUACAAGUCAGAGAAACUCAGAAUAGUAAAGAAGACAAAGAAGGCCUGGUUUGUUCUUCAGAGGUGCCACAGAAUGUUGGCUUGCAGAGUUCUUGCGAAGCCAAACAUGUUUUUCAGACACCUAGAGUGAAGAAACUGUAUCCCCAGUUGCCAGCUGAAAUUGCCAGAGAAGCACCAGCUUUGGUGGCAGUGAAACCCUUGCUUCGUAGUGAGCGACUCUACCCAGAACUCCCAUCUCAACCAGAACUAGUACCAUUUACUAAAGAACAGCUAAAAAUCUUGGAGCCUGGUUCAUGGCUGGAAAAUGUCGAGUCAUAUUUAGAAGAAUUUGACAGCAUGGCUCAUCAAGACAGGCAUGAAUUUUAUGAGUUGCUUUUGAACUACUCACGAUGUAGGAAGCAACUGCUACUGGCCGAAGCUGAGCUGCUUACUCUGACAUCUGAUUGCCAGAAUGCUAAAAGUCGGCUGUGGCAGUUUAAGGAGGAACAAAUGUCUGUACAGGGUAUCUGUGCAGAUCAAGUGAAAGUUUCCAGCUAUCAUCGCUACCAAAGAGUAGAAAUGAAUGAAAACGCACUGAUGGAGCUAAAGAAGCUAUUCGAUGCCAAAGCUGAACACCUCCACCAGACCCUGGCCCUUCAUUCUUAUACUUCUGUGCUCUCAAGGUUGCAAGUGGAGUCUUACAUCUAUGCAUUGCUCAGUAGUUCAGCUGUUCUGAGAUCUUUAGUAAUUCACCAGCAAGGCCAAGUGUCUAAGCAGACAGAAAGCAUUCCCUCCGAUCUGUGCCAACUAAAGGAAUGCAUUAGUGUCUUAUUCAUGUUCACCAGGAGGGUUAAUGAAGAUACUCAGUUUCAUGAUGAUAUUCUUCUCUGGCUGCAGAAAUUGGUGUCCGUGCUACAAAGAGUUGGCUGUCCUGGAGAUCACCUCUUCCUUCUAAACCAUAUUCUUCGAUGCCCCGCUGGUGUUAGUAAAUGGGCUGUUCCUUUCAUCCAGAUCAAAGUGUUGCAUAACCCAUCAGGGGUCUUUCAUUUUAUGCAGUCCCUUGCCCUGCUGAUGUCUCCUGUCAAAAAUCGAGCUGAGUUUAUGUGCCACAUGAAGCCCAGCGAGCGGAAGCCAUCCUCCUCAGGGCCUGGGUCUGGGACCUGGACGCUAGUAGACGAAGGAGGAGAAGAGGAUGAAGACCCUGAGACCAGUUGGAUUCUCCUUAAUGAAGAUGAUUUGGUUACCCUUUUAGCACAGUUCCCCUUUCAUGAACUCUUUCAACAUCUUCUUGGGUUUAAAGUAAAAGGUAGACUCAUUUCUCUUAUCAUGUGUAAAAUGGGAAAUCGAGCUGAGUUUAUGUGCCACAUGAAGCCCAGCGAGCGGAAGCCAUCCUCCUCAGGGCCUGGGUCUGGGACCUGGACGCUAGUAGACGAAGGAGGAGAAGAGACACGCACAUCCACAGCUGGCCUUUCUGCCACCCACUACUGUCUGUGCCUUAGUAGCCUGUGUGCAGAUAUUGAGCUAAUGAAAAGUACUGUAUUAUCUUUCCUCAUGCUCAGAAUGACCGUUGGUUAUGUAAGUGACCACUGGGCACAGUAUAUGAGCCAUAACCAAGGCUCAGGAUUGGCCCAACAGCCCUACUCUGUGGAGAAACUACAGGUUGAAUUUGAUGAGCUGUUUUUGAGGGCUGUCCUGCAUGUGCUGAAGGCCAAAAGACUUGGCAUUUGGCUGUUUAUGUCCGAGAUGCCCUUUGGGACUCUGUCUGUGCAAAUGCUGUGGAAGCUCUUCUACCUCAUGCACCAGGUGGAGAGCGAGAACCUGCAGCAGCUCUCCUCCUCCCUGCAGCCCGCCCAGUGCAAGCAGCAGCUCCAAGACCCAGAACAUUUCACCAACUUUGAGAAGUGUCUUUCUUCUAUGAAUAGCUCAGAAGAGAUUUGCCUUCUGACUACCUUUGCUCAGAUGGCUCAGGCCAGAAGAACCAAUGUGGACGAAGACUUCAUAAAAAUUAUUGUUCUGGAGAUAUAUGAGGUAUCUUAUGUCACCCUGUCUACCAGAGAGACUUUUUCAAAGGUUGGUCGAGAGCUUUUAGGGACCAUCACAGCUGUUCAUCCUGAGAUAAUUUCUGUUCUUCUGGAUAGAGUUCAAGAGACCAUUGACCAGGUUGGAAUGGUUUCUCUAUACUUGUUUAAAGAAUUGCCUUUGUAUCUUUGGCAACCUUCUGCAUCUGAGAUAGCAGUGAUUCGGGAUUGGUUGUUGAAUUACAACCUGACAGUGGUGAAGAAUAAACUGGCCUGUGUUAUUCUUGAAGGACUGAAUUGGGGAUUUACUAAACAGGGUACCCUUCAUCUGCAUCAAGCAGUUCAUGCUGAAGUGGCUUUAAUGGUUCUUGAAGCUUACCAGAAGUACCUUGCACAGAAGCCAUAUGCUGGGAUUCUUUCUGAAAGUAUGAAGCAGGUUUCAUAUUUGGCCAGUAUUGUUCGAUAUGGAGAGACGCCCGAGACCUCAUUUAACCAAUGGGCCUGGAAUUUAAUCUUGAGGCUAAAACUGCACAAAAACGAUUAUGGAAUACAGCAGAAUUGUCCAGCUGUUCCCUUCUCCAUCACUGUGCCUGACAUGACAGAGUCACCCACGUUUCAUCCUCUCUUGAAGGCUGUGAAAGCGGGCAUGCCCAUUGGCUGUUAUCUAGCCUUAUCUAUGACAGCUGUGGGCCACAGCAUUGAGAAGUUCUGUGCAGAAGGCAUCCCACUGUUGGGAGUUCUGGUCCAGUCAAGACAUUUGAGAACAGUGGUCCAUGUCCUGGAUAAGAUCCUACCUUUAUUUUACCCUUGCCAGUAUUACCUUCUGAAGAAUGAGCAGUUUUUGUCGCACCUCCUCUUGUUCCUACACUUGGACAGCGGUGUCCCUCAGGGUGUCACACAACAGGUCACCCACAAGGUGGCACAGCACUUGACAGGAGCCAGCCAUGGGGACAAUGUGAAACUUCUCAACAGCAUGAUCCAGGCACACAUAUCUGUAAGCACUCAGCCCAAUGAAGUGGGCCCCGUUGCUGUGUUGGAGUUCUGGGUUCAGGCUCUCAUAAGCCAGCAUCUCUGGUACCGAGAACAACCUAUCCUCUUCCUCAUGGACCACUUGUGUAAAGCAGCUUUUCAGCUGAUGCAGGAAGACUGCAUACAGAAAUUACUCUACCAGCAACAUAAGAAUGCCUUGGGUUACCAUUGUGACCGGAGUCUGCUCUCAUCUUUGGUGAACUGGAUUGUGGCAGGCAACAUCACUCCUUCCUUUGUGGAGGGCUUGGCCACACCUACUCAGGUCUGGUUUGCCUGGACAGUGCUCAACAUGGAAUCCAUCUUUGAAGAGGACUCCCAGCUCCGGAGAGUUAUUGAAGGGGAAUUGGUGAUAAACUCUGCUUUCACCCCUGACCAAGCUCUGAAGAAAGCCCAGACCCAGCUGAAGCUCCCCAUCGUGCCAUCCCUCCAGAGGCUGCUGAUUUAUCGCUGGGCCCACCAGGCUCUGGUCACGCCUUCUGAUCACCCUCUCCUGCCACUCAUUUGGCAGAAGUUCUUCCUUCUGUAUCUUCACCGCCCAGGACCACAGUAUGGGUUACCCAUAGAUGGUUGUAUUGGAAGAAGGUUUUUUCAAAGUCCUGCUCAUAUCAGUUUGUUGAAAGAAAUGAAGAGACGUUUGACCGAGGUGGCUGACUUCCACCAUGCUGCAAGCAAGGCCCUCCGUGUUCCAGCAGAGGGCAGUGAAGGGCUGCCAGAGAGCCAGUCUGGCACCCCUGGUUACCUGACUUCACCAGAACUGCACAAGGAGCUGGUGAGGCUCUUCAAUGUAUAUAUAUUAUGGCUAGAAGAUGAGAAUUUUCAAAAAGGAGAUACCUAUAUCCCUUCUCUACCAAAGCAUUAUGAUAUUCACAGGCUAGCAAAAGUGAUGCAGAAUCAGCAGGAUCUGUGGAUGGAGUAUUUGAACAUGGAGCGCAUCUACCAUGAGUUUCAGGAGACUGUUGGUCUGUGGACACAGGCCAAGCUUGAGUCCCAUUCCACACCCUGUAGUUCGUCCGUGCAGCUGGACUUCACUGAUCCUUUGCUGGCUAAAGAAAGAGUUUUAAGUAACUUGCGGAAGCAUGAGGCUCCCCAGCCUCCCCUUGUUCUGCACCCAGUGAAGCCUCCUGUGCCAGUUAUUUCCUCCGCUGUGCUAUUGAGUCAGAAGGACGCCACCCAGCUGGUGUGCACAGACCUGAAUCUGUUGCAACAGCAGGCUAGAAACGCAGCUCUUCGGGAAUCUCAGCAGGUUGCUCUGGAUGGUGAGCUGUUGGACACAAUGCCAAAGCAGUAUGUGAAUCGUGAAGAACAGACCACACUGCAUUUGGAGUGCAGAGGCAGCAGUGGUAAGAAAUGCCAAGGAGCUGCAGUUGUCACCGUUCAAUUUGAAGGCAUGCAUAAGAAUGAAGCCAUAAGCCAACAGCUUCAUGUUUUACGGAAAGAAGUGAAGCAGUUGCAAGCAGAAGCUGCUAAACCACCAUCACUUAAUAUUGUGGAAGCUGCUGUACAUGCAGAAAACUUGAUCACGGCCUUAGUGAAUGCCUACAAGUUGCAGCCUACACCUGGGAUUCAGAAAGUUGGCAUUAGCCUUUUCUUUACUAUUGUGGAUUAUGUCAGCGAUGAGACGCAGCGUCAUCCCCCAACAAGGCAGUUCUUUACUUCAUGCAUUGAGAUCUUGGGACAGGUGUUUAUCAGUGGCACUACAUCAGAGUGCAGAAAAGUACUUGAGACCAUUCUGAAGAACAGCAGGCUCUGCUCCCUGCUGUCUCCUUUCUUUACUCCCAAUGCUGCGCCCGCAGAGUUCAUACAGCUGUAUGAGAAAGUGGUCAAGUUUCUAAGUGAGGACAACAGUGAUAUGAUUUUCAUGCUGCUAACCAAGUUCGAUCUUAAACAAUGGUUAAGCACCACUAAACCUCCUCUGUCUGAUCGUACCAGGCUUCUGGAGUCCAUUCACUUGGCACUUACUGCCUGGGGCCUUGAACCAGAUGAGGAUAUUUUGAUGCCAUUUAAUCUUUUCUGUAAGCACUGGACUUAUCUUCUUCUCUACCAGUUUCCUGACCAGUACAGUGACAUUCUCAGGCUGCUGAUGCAAAGCUCCGCGGAGCAGCUGCUGAGCCCCGAGUGUUGGAAAGCGACUCUGAGAGCCCUGGGCUGCUGCGCCCCCAGCUGCCAGCAGGGGGCAGCGUCCGCCGAGGGCGCCGUGCUUCCCAGCUCUUCCGAUGCUCUCUUGUCAGACAAGCAGGUAAUGGAGACUAUACAGUGGCUUUCAGACUUUUUCUAUAAGCUUCGGUUAUCCAAGAUGGACUUUAAAAGCUUUGGUUUAUUCUCAAAAUGGAGUCCUUAUAUGGCUGAUGUGAAGACAUUCUUGGGCUACCUUGUGAAAAGGCUGUUUGACUCGGAAAUGGCCUGUUUGGCCCAAGACCCAACUGCCAGCAGGAAAACAGUGCUGAAAUGCCUACAUUCAGUAAUCAUUCAGCUCUUUAAGCCAUGGAUCCUGGUUUUAGAGGACAAUGAAAGCAGCCAACAGCGCCAUUACCCCUGGCUAGAGAGUGAUACUGUGGUGGCCUCAAGCAUUGUGCAGCUGUUCACUGACUGUAUUGACUCACUGCAUGAGAGUUUUAAAGAUAAGCUAUUGCCAGGUGAUGAAGGAGCCCUUUGGUUGCACCUGAUGCAUUAUUGCGAAGCAUGUACAGCACCCAAAAUGCCAGAGUUCAUUCUGUACACUUUCCAUAGCGCGUACCGGAAACUGCCGUGGAAGGACCUGCACCCUGACCAGAUGCUCAUGGAGGCCUUCUUCAAAGUGGAACGAGGAAGCCCCAAGAGCUGUUUCUUAUUUUUGGGGUCUGUACUCUGUGAAGUCAAUUGGGUUAGUGUGCUCUCUGAUGCCUGGAAUCCCAGUCCCCACCCAGAAACCCGCAGCAUGAUUGUCUGCCUCCUUUUCAUGAUGAUUUUAUUGGCAAAGGAAGUUCAACUGGUAGACCAAACAGAUUCACCUUUACUUAGUCUUCUUGGACAGACAAGCUCACUUUCAUGGCAUCUCGUGGAUAUUGUGUCGUACCAGAGUGUGCUAGGUUAUUUCAGCAGCCAUUACCCGCCAUCCAUCAUCCUGGCAAAAGAAUCUUAUGCUGAAUUAAUCAUGAAGCUCCUAAAAGUGUCUGCGGGCCUUUCUAUUCCUACUGACAGCCAGAAGCAUCUGGAUGCAGUUCCAAAAUGCCAAGCUUUUACUCAUCAGAUGGUUCAAUUCCUCAGCACCCUGGAACAAAAUGGAAAAAUCACCUUAGCAGUCCUAGAACAGGAAAUGUCUAAGCUCUUAGAUGAUAUCAUUAUCUUUAACCCACCCGAUAUGGAAAGCCAGACCCGCCACAUGGCCCUCAGCAGCCUCUUUAUGGAAGUCCUGAUGAUGAUGAACAACGCAACUAUUCCAACGGCAGAGUUCCUUCGGGGCAGUAUCCGGACCUGGAUUGGCCAAAAAAUGCAUGGACUGGUGGUGCUGCCCCUUUUAACAGCAGCCUGCCAGAGCCUGGCGUCCGUCCGCCACAUGGCUGAGACUACGGAAGCCUGCAUCACUGCCUACUUCAAAGAAAGCCCUCUCAAUCAGAAUUCAGGAUGGGGGCCCAUUCUGGUAUCCCUUCAGGUUCCCGAGCUCACCAUGGAAGAGUUCCUGCAGGAGUGCCUCACCCUGGGCAGUUACUUGACUCUUUACGUCUACCUGCUUCAGUGUUUAAACAGCGAACAGACUCUAAGGAACGAAAUGAAAGUGCUGCUCAUCUUAAGCAAGUGGCUGGAACAGGUGUACCCAAGCUCCUUGGAGGAAGAGGCAAAGCUGUUUUUGUGGUGGCACCAAGUCCUUCAGCUCUCCCUCAUUCAGACAGAGCAGAAUGACUCCGUCCUGACAGAAUCUGUCAUUCGAAUUCUGCUUAUGGUUCAGAGCAGGCAGAACCUCGUGGCUGAGGAGAGGCUCAGCUCUGGGAUCCUGGGAGCGAUUGGGUUGGGCCGGAAGUCGCCCUUGUCUAACAGGUUCCGAGUGGUUGCCCGAAGCAUGGCUGCCUUCCUUUCAGUUCAGGUUCCUAUGGAAGAUCAGAUCCGUUUGAAGCCUGGCUCUGAAUUACAUCUGACUCCCAAAGCUCAGCAGGCUCUGAAUGCUCUUGAAUCCAUGUCAUCAAGUAAGCAGUAUGUUGAAUACCAGGAUCAAAUAUUGCAAGCCACCCAAUUUAUAAGGCAUCCUGGCCAUUGCCUUCAAGAUGGGAAAAGCUUCUUGGCUCUUCUCGUUAACUGUCUGUAUCCAGAAGUGCAUUAUUUGGACCACAUACGAUAGUAGCACUGAGGCUCUUGAAAAACCCAUUGCUGUUUAUGUUUACAUUUAACUUUCCUGUUGCACAAGUAACUUUGCUCAAUUUCUCUGUAGAGCUCAGUUCGGCCCGUGUGUAGUUGACU